AUGCAGAAGAAGAUCAAAAAGGGCAGAGGAAACCCCCUCCAUGGCACUGAGCUAGUAUCUCACGAUGUACAAUUCAAUAACCGUCAUGAUCAAUGUGCACACGACGGAGGAGCCUUUUCUCUUGGGAUCAGCAAGGACAAUACGAUGAUACGGUUCAGAUCCCAAGAAUGCGAGGCGGCGAUGAAAUUCGAGGCGUGGGAGGGUGACACUGAUAAGAAAGGAAAGGAAAGGAAAGCAGAAGUUGUGUUGGAUGUGACUCUGCGAGGUGGGAGACAAAUGAAAAGAGAGUGA